UAUUUAAAGCCUAGAAUCACAAAAAAAUACAACAAAAAAAACAACAUCGACAACAAAACAAAAGUUGUGUAUUUCGACAGCUUAUUAUUGUGGAGACAUCGUUUGAAAUUGGUUUAUCUGGACGCUGUUUUGUUUACUUUUGAUUUCCGAUGACCGUUAUCUUAGAAUUUGCGUGGUCAAUUUAAGAUAAUAACUCGUAAUUACGAGUGACUCGAACAAACAAGUUGAUUUUGUCCGCUCGGUGAAGACGUCAACUAUUAGAGCACGCUUUUUGGAAGCCACAUUCUCACAAAAUGAUCAGCGUCUUGAAACUCGGGCUUCUGCUCGUCAUACAAGGUGCCCUUACUUCCGAACACCAUCCUCUCUCGGACGAAUUCAUACACGACAUCAAUAACAAGGCUACGACCUGGAAGGCGGGGCGUAAUUUUGCACCGGACGUGUCCAUGUCUUACAUUAGGCGUCUUAUGGGCGUUCUGCCCAAUCACAAAAACUUCCUACCACCCAUACACACCCAUACGGGUCUCGAAAGCGUCGACAUUCCUCAAAGUUUCGACUCACGACAACAGUGGCCAGACUGUCCCACCAUCAGGGAAAUCCGAGACCAGGGUUCUUGCGGCUCUUGCUGGGCGUUUGGGGCCGUCGAGGUUAUGUCGGACCGGGUAUGCAUCCAUUCCCAGGGGGCGGUACACUUUCGGUUCUCCGCCGACGAUUUGGUCUCGUGCUGUUAUAGCUGCGGCAUGGGAUGUAUGGGCGGAUACCCAGGGAGCGCAUUCGGGUACUGGGUUAGGAAAGGAAUCGUCUCGGGAGGGCCGUACGGAUCUCGACAAGGUUGCAGGCCUUAUGAGAUCCCUCCGUGCGAGCACCACGUCAACGGCACCAGGCAGCCCUGCGACGCGGACGAGAACAAAACGCCCAGAUGUGUGAAGAGCUGCGAGGCCGAUUACACUGUGCCCUACGAAAAGGACAGGCACUACGGAAGCAAAUCGUAUGCGAUAUCGAGUCGUAUAGAACAAAUCGAGGCGGAGAUUUCGAAAAAUGGUCCCGUCGAAGCGGCCUUCGAGGUUUACGAAGACUUAUUGAACUACAAGAGCGGAGUGUAUCAGCACGUAAGUGGCAAGGCGCUCGGUGGCCACGCGGUUAGGAUCCUGGGGUGGGGCGUGGAGAAUAACGUGCCCUAUUGGAUAAUUGCUAACUCUUGGAACACGGACUGGGGCGACAACGGCACCUUUAAGAUGCUCCGUGGUGAGGAUCAUCUCGGCAUCGAGAGCGCAAUCGUUGCCGGAUUACCAAAAUAAAAAGCGCCUUCAUUUUUAUAAUUCUAAUUGACUAUUUUUUUAACGCUUUCGCUUUGAAAUAAACUAUAGAAGCA